AUGUAUAUCAACGACAAGCGGUCAAUACUCAUUGGUAUGCCACGGAUGAAGCAGAACCGUGUGGGAAAAGGACAUUGCACCAUUCCUGAGAAAGUUACGUCCAUCAUCACAACGUGUGUAGCAAUCUAUACAAUGUCAAGAGAAGAUAAAACAAAGGUCAACCUACCAGGGUGGGGUGCGGUCAAGUAUGUUAACGUAUCAUCAAAUGCAACCAUUUUGACACCGGAAACUUGUCCCAAGCCCUGGAGGUAUCACACCGCAAGCGAAAUAUCCUCCCUCCCCUACUGGGGCAGGAGUACCGUGUACGGUGGGGGUGGGUAUAUGGCUYAUCUUGGCUACCAACCUGGUAUUGCUCAAAGAGUUAUCACAGACCUUCAGAACUCAAAUUGGGUCGGGCCAAGAUCGAGUGCUGUUUUGGUUGUUUUUAGCGUUUUUAAUGUGAAUACAGAAUACGCGAGCUUCUUGAGUUUCCUUUACGAGAAACUCCCAACAGGAAAUGGAAUUGCGUCUUAUAAAAUCAGCUCAAUGCCUCUUUAUCCUGCAAGCGUCCUGUUUUUGACGUUUCAGCUGCUCUUUUUAGUCUUCGUACUGUUUUACCUUAUUCUUCUCUUGGUGAAAAUCUUCAAAAAGAAGUUAUCGUUCUUCAAAGACCCAUGGAACGGGGUCGAGAUAUUCAUUAUCGUCUUUAGUAUCGCUACAGUGAUCCUACAGCUGUUAAAGGGAAUGUACACCUCAGAAAUCAUCCAAAAAAUCAACCAGAAUCCUUACGGGGACCUGAGCUUUGACUACAUUGUCCUGGCAACGGAUCUAGAGGACACAUUAAUGGCAUUUCUAAUGUUUUUCUCGACCAUUAAGUUACUUAAGCUUGCGAAACUCGACAAAAAUAUCUUAGUUAUUUCUUCAAGUAUACGCAUCUCAAUACGAGACCUCGUUCCACAAUCUAUAAUAUUUAUCGUCAUUCUAUUGGCGUACGCUCAGCUUGGCAUGCUGGUAUUUGGGCCCGAGUUUGAAUCCUUCUCGACGUUUUACAACGCUCUCGUGGCUGAGCUUCAGAUGUUUAUCGGCGGCAACUCAGAGAUCUGGAUUCUACGACAAAACAAUCGAGUUUUAGGCCCGUUGUAUAUCAUGUCAUUUAUGAUAUUCAUGGGUUGGAUAAUGAUGAAUAUUUUUGUAGCAAUCCUGAACGACGUGCAAACAAGCCAGAAACAAAACCUCGGAAUACUAGAGCAAGAGAUGCAGCUACUAGAUUUUAUUGCGAAGAAAGCCAAGUCACUUUUUAGGAUAUCGAGUGCUGAAGGACACAAAUCGAGUAGAAUAAUGCCAGAAGUGGUGGUCGAGGAAUCGCGUUCACUUAACGAGCGCGCGGCAGCUGAAACAAUAAAAAUAGCCCCUGAAGAGGCCACUGAAACAACAACUAAUAACAACGACAUUUUACAAGUCACCCCAAAGAGAAAGAAUCAAAAAUCAGGUUACCAAAAACUACGAAAGGAACGCUCCAAAAACACAGAUCCCAGUAUUCCUAGAGAUUUCAGUGUAGAGAAUGUCAUUUGCUUGCACGAACGCAUAAGGAAGAUCAACGUUUUUCUGGAAUCUCUUGAAAUGGAUGUCCAAAGCGAGGAUCUGCAGAUCACGAGACUUAUCCUAGAACUAGAAAGUAGAUGUGCAAAUCAUAGCUCAAGAAGCACUAGUAUCACCUCGCUAUCUGCAACCACAGCAAGUAGAAGACCCUCUUAUAAUCAUCCCAGAAAAGCAUCAAGUCUUUUAAGUGAGGUGACAUCUUCUUCCCAGGAUAAUGCAGAAGAUGACAUCCGGUUGGUUUUCCCUCGACCAAAUCCUCACGCGGAUAAAAACUACCAUUUUCGGCCUGUGGUACUGGGGAGAAUAGCAACGGAAAGGUUUUCGAACGCUUUUUCGACGAAGGGGAAUAUUAAAGACAACGAUAAAAAAUAA